UCGUGGAAAAGGGGUCCCAAAGGAAAGGGGCCCUCAAGUCUUGCCAGUGGUGUCCGAGAAGCCGCUCGGUGCCACAAGCACUUGAAAGUUGCAAACGUAGCCAAGAGAGAGCCCACAGUCCUCAGCCUAACUUCCUUGUAAUGAGACUUGCUCUUCCCCCGACCGGGAGUUUCCAAAAGCCAAGCAUCUCCAGACUGCAGCCCUCCGGCUUCCUCUUGUUGUGGGUGUGCUCCCAGCUGUGGAAAUCCGCCGUUCCUCGCGCCGUUUCACUUCCCCGGCGUCCCGGGGCCUGUCCCCGCUCAGCGGACCCGGCCGCCUCCAGCUCCCGAUGAGAAGACUGCCGGGGCCUCCGUGCAGCCGGGGGCAGCGCACACGCGGGCGCCCUUCCUUGCCAGGCCUCGGAGGAGCCCCAGAGCUGCCGCCGGUACCAGCGGCGCUCUGAGACCGCGGGCUCCCCGGAACAGCGCGCGGCCGGAAGCGAGCCCCGCGGUGGGCGGCGCCUGCAGGCGGCCUCGGGGUGGCCUGCGGGCGCCCGGCCUGGGCCUCGGUUCCCGCGCCGGCGCCAGUGCCCCGGAACGACGAGAGCCGGGCGAGGCCGGCGGCGGGAGGGCCAUGCCUCGCCUCCGCCUGCUGCUGCCGCUGCUGCCGCUGCUGCUGCUGCUGCCGCCGCGUCCGGGCGCGAGCCACGCGGGCCCGCCGGACGGGGCGCAGGAGCCCCUCCCGGGCCUGCGGGAGCGGCUGAGGGAGGCCGCCGCCCUGUCCCGGCGCUACUGGGCGCUCCUGCGCUGCCGCGUGUGGCCCGAGGACUGCGAUGGCGACGAGGAGGCUCGCGCGGGGCCCCUGGGCUGGAGCCUUCCCCUGCUGGGCCGGCAGUACCUGGACAUCCUGACCUCCUGGUACUGCAGCUUCCAGGACUGCUGCCGCAGCGGUGACUGCAGGAUCUCCAACAACCUCACAGGCCUGGCAUCGGACCUGAGUGUACGACUGCACGGCCAGCAUCUGGCCCGGGAGCUGGUCCUGACAGCCGUGAGGGGCUACUUAGAGCCGCCGCAGCCACACAAGGCCCUGGCUCUGUCGUUCCACGGCUGGUCUGGCACAGGCAAGAACUUCGUGGCGCGGCUGCUGGCGGAGAACCUCUACCGGGAUGGGCUGAGGAGCGACUGUGUCAAGGUGUUCAUCGCCACCUUCCACUUUCCUCACCCGAAGUACAUGGACCUGUACCAGGAGCAGCUAACAAGUCAGAUCAGGAAGACACAGGAGCGCUGCCCCCAGACCCUGUUCAUUUUCGACGAGGCCGAGAAGCUGCAUCCAGGACUGCUGGAGGCCCUCCGGUCACACCUGGAAGCCCAGGCCCCCGAGAACCACAGGGUCGAGUCCCCGAGAACCGUCUUUCUCUUUCUCAGUAACCUUGGAGGCAGUGUCAUUAAUGAGGCUGUCCUGAAUCUGCUUAUGGCCGGGUGGUCCCGGGAAGACAUUAAGCUGGACCACUUGGUGCCCCAGCUCGAGGCCGAGAUUGCCAAGUCCACAGACAGUGGCUUUGGCCAGAGCCGUCUUGUCAAAGAAAACCUGAUUGACUUCUUCGUCCCCUUCCUGCCGCUGGAGUAUCGCCACGUGAGGCUGUGUGCACGCGACGCCUUCCUGAGCCAGGAGCUCCCGUACACAGAAGAGACACUGGACCAAAUUGCCAAGAUGAUGGUGUACGUCCCCAAGGAGGAGCAACUCUUCUCUUCUCAGGGCUGCAAAUCUAUUUCCCAGAGAAUUAACUAUUUCCUGCCUUGACUGCAAGAGGAAGACUUCCUGAAGCCGCCUGCCCUCCUCUAACAGGGCCCAUCGGGGCAGGCUGGCCUCCCGCGGUCACUCACCCACACAAGGUGUGGGAAGAAGGCGGGCCUCAAAUCAGAAGCGGAGCCAGUUCUUUCAGUCACUUGGUGCCUUAAAAAGCCACAUUCUGAAACGUGGGCCAGGUGGUCGGAGAAAGCCACAUGGAAGAUACAUCUCAGCUCUUGCUUGCAGACGCCUGUGACUGUGGGACCCUUGGUGACAGGGAAUGGAACAAUGGAGCUGCUCAGGUUUAUGGGACGGGUGGCUUAGUUUUCAAGUUGUUCCCCAAGGGAAGCUGGGUAGCUUCUGUGAGCAGAUGAGCAAAAAGCCUCAGGCUAAAGGAAAAAGUACACAGAAGAAUUAUAUACAUAUAUAUAGAUAUAUAUAUAUAUAUAUAUAUGUAUAUAUAAAUCAUGUCAGCAUAGUUUAUGACUAAUUCUCUUGUAAAUCUAAAAGAAAAGUUAGGGGCUUUGACAUGCCUGUGUCAUAUAUAUAAAAAUUAAAAUUCUGUAUUUUUCUAGAA